CUCCUCAGCUCGGUGCGCGCGAGCAGAGACACGCUCUCCUCUCCAGCCGGUGGCGGCGGACUCACAGACCGAAACACUUCCUCGUGCACUUCAGUGUCACGCGCGUGGAGCGGUGGGAGCAGCGAGUGACGUAAGCAAAGCUCGCUCAUUCUCUAGAGGAGAAGAGGUCCAGCAGACAUGGACAGAAAACAACUGACUCAGAUAUUAGUGCAUCUUCUGCUGGUUUUCUAUGUUGUGGUGAAAACGACAGACUCUGUGUCUGAUUUGGAAAAUGUUGCUGGGAAGCUGGUUUUCUAUCAAACAGAGGGAAACACCACCUAUGUGAGAAACACGGGAGAACUGGCCGCUGAUGUCCCUACAGAGACCGUGUUUGAGCUGGUGGAUCCGCAGAAGAAUCUCAGUUCUGCAGGAUUCACUUACACCUGGGACCUUGGCAAUGGAGAAGUGAUAGAAGGGGCCGACCCGGUCGUUCGCUAUCAGUACUCCAAACCAGGCAACUACACACUGCAGCUGAAAGUAGGAGCAAACGAGCCCAAAUACACGUCUCCAGUCACCGGCGUCUACUCCCUGGAUGUGCAAGUGCUUGAUGCCAUCAAAAACAUUCAACUGAAGGGGCCUGCUGAAUAUAGAAUGUCUCACAACACCAGUUUGACUCUGGAUGUUGAUGGAAGUCCUCCGAUGUGGGCAUGCUGGCACAUUCUCACACACUGUGACCCUGACACGACGAUGGGCUGCACUCUGACCAUGAUGUAUGGAAAAACUUUACACGUGAAUCACACUUUCACCACUACUGGGGCCCACUGUCUGGACAUCAGUGUUAGCAACAAUGUCAGCAAGCUGAGGACUUCCUUCAGUCUUAAUGUCGGGAGGAAUAGAACCCCGCUGUUCUUCGUCCUUUCCUGUGCUGCCAUUCUGGUGGCAACCCUCGCCUUCAUCAUGGUCGUUGGCUGCCGUACUCGUCGCCAAAAUAAAUCACAGGUUCCUGCUUCCAGUAACGCCAUGUUCCUGAAGGACAGUGGAGGUCACACUCAAAACCGUUUAAACUUGUCCACUGUGGAGAAAGGAGAGAAAGAGCCUCUCAUCUUGCAGCACAAGGCCAAGUAGUGCAUUAAAACCAUCACCAUGCCGGUCCAUGCUAUUAAUCAAAUGAAAGAGGCAUAUCUUUGCUAUCCUUAUCUAAAAGUGUUUAUCUGAAGCUAAUCUGACCAGCCAAACUGCUCUUAGCAUUAAUAAAGUUGCAUGUAAGCUC